CGGGGAAGAAACUCCAGGCCAAGUUCGCAAGGGUACGCGGUUGCGCAUAAUCCUUAGACAAUUUAUGAUAGCGCGCGAAAAAUCAUCAAUCACGACGUUAUUUUUGCGAUCAUCCGAAAAAGUACCUAGAACCUAACCAAACCUUUGGACGUUUUAUUCGACAUUUCCCAUUUGUUCGCCCUCUUUCAACGACAACACAUCCUACUCAACUCUUUCCUCCCACUCUUGUCACUCCUUUAUAGAUAAAUGAAUCUAGCCUACAUCUCGCCAAGCUUGGGGUCCUAACAACCGACCAUUGAACGAUUAACUCAAAGCAUAAAUCAACCAAUCAUCUAAUUUUCGGUCUCCGCAACCGUUUCCAAGCACAGCCACGUUCAAGCUGCGCGAGAUCGACAAAGUCCACGACACGACCCGACUCGACUCGAUCACACUUGCGUAUCCCCUUUGCGCCGCACGAUUAAAUAACCAAUUACGGGUUACCAGGUUUUGAAUAUUGAUUGCUCGGCUGAAGCUCAAAAAUCUUUUCCUCUUUCCUUAUGCCCUCGUACGGCUCUCUACAUUCUCCUUCGCUGCGCAAAAUGGAAAAUUCUAGGGCGAGUUAUGGCCGAAGGGCCUUGAAUAUGUCCAAUGUAAUCGGUGAUCCGUUUGCACUGGCAACGAUUUCUAUCGCCUUACUCGCAUGGGUAAUCUCCUUCGUCAGUUCCAUUAUUGGUCAAAUGCAUGCAACCGUUCUUCGCCCUUUCCCGGGGUAUACGUGGUUUGCACUCGUCUUCAUGUUAGCCUUGACAGGCGGUAUUUUCGUCGUCAUAGCAUCGGAUUCAAUCCAGACAUACCACGUUGCGAUCGUCGGCUACAUAGCCGUUGGCCUUGUCUCCACAACUUCAUCCGUUACUUCUCUAAUAUAUUCUUCUGAAGGAUCAAGGGAAGCUGCUGCUGCGGGUUUCAUUCUACUCUCCAUGGUCAAUAUUGUGUGGCUUUUCUAUUUUGGCUCUGCGCCCUCUGCCGUACCUCGUGCCUACAUCGAUUCCUUUGCUCUGGCUAAGGAGUCACCGAUGAGCCGACAAACCAUGAACGGGGGUUAUGGUGGUCGCCCCGAGACAUCUACGUCUGUCCAACCGCCGCAGAUGUACACAUCUGCCCAGCUCAACGGAUUUGAAAACCCGUCUCCGGUCGGCGGAUUCAAUGGCAAUGCCACACGCAAUUCUGUUGGCGCUUCUGGCUUCCCUGGUGGCAUUAAUAAAACACCGUCGCCGGCGCAGAACGAGCCAGAGAUUACCGCUCCAACGGAGUACCCGUACCGUGCGAAGGCUAUCUACAGCUACGAAGCUAACCCCGACGACGCUAAUGAGAUUUCCUUUUCGAAACAUGAAAUACUUGAAGUCAGCGAUGUAAGCGGGCGAUGGUGGCAAGCCAAGAAAGAAAACGGCGAGACAGGCAUAGCACCCAGCAACUAUCUCAUAUUAUUAUGAGAACACU